AUGGGAUCUCACAAGCUUGCAAUUCUUGACGAUUAUCAAAAUGUCGCACAGUCAUUUGGAAAUUGGGAACAAGUUCGAGCUGCAGGUAUCGAAAUAACCAGUUUCAACGACUACAUCCCUCAGUCCGAUUUAGUUACCAAAUUGGCCCCGUUUUCAAUUGUUGUUACAACUCGCGAAAGAACAGUCUUAUCUCGUGAAACAUUGUCCAAACUGCCAAAUCUCAAAUUGAUCACUACGAAUGGUAAUAGAAACCCUGCAAUUGAUACAAAGGCUGCCAAAGAACUGGGAAUAAUUGUUGCUACUACUGGCGGUCCCAAAUUGUCACCACCCAAAAAAGAGUAUGAGGGCCAGGGUGGCAAUGGGACCGGUGAGCAUAUAUGGGCUAUUAUCUCGAGUGUUGUAAAAAAGAUUCCUGCCUAUGACAGGGGAGUUAAGGCGGGAGCUCCAAGAUGGCAAUCAGUAGGAACGAAUGUGUCACAAGACCUGCCCUUUCAUUUUAGAGGAAGCACCAUUGGUCUGAUUGGUCUUGGUCACCUAGGUGGGUUUACGGCAGAAGUCGCUAGAGUAUUUGGUGCCAAAGUUAUUGCUUGGUCUCCUCAUCUAACAGAAGAACGAUUGACACCAGCUCAAAAAGAGUAUAUAAAAGUUGUGUCAAAGGAAGAAUUGCUAAAGACAGCUGAUAUUGUAUCAGUCCAUUUAGUCUUAUCAUCUACAACACGUGGAAUUAUAGGUGAGGACGAUUUGAAGUUACUUAAGCCUACAGCUUUUUUGAUAAAUACCUCUCGUGGACCUCUCAUUCAGGAAGCUCCGCUACUUAAGAUUCUCCAGGAAGGUAAAAUUAGGGGUGGUGCCUUUGAUGUUUUUGACCAAGAACCACUUCCGUUGGAUAGUCCGUGGAGAAAGUUAGGCGAUAAUGUCGUUUUAACUCCACAUAUUGCUUAUGUGGAAGCGCCGACCUAUGAAGGCUGGUUUGCUAGUGCAUCGGACAAUGUCCUUCUUUGGUCACAGGGCAAGGUUGACCAAUUGAAUAUUCUUCAGUAA